AUGGUUAUUGCCAAUGAGUGGGAGGAAAACGCGGCCAAAAGACUUUCAUAUUUUUACGAAAGGCGAAUUAUAAAUGAGGACCUCAGAUACCGACUGGGGAACGAGGGCGGAGCUGAACAAGACCCCUCCCUGCCGAAUGGUGACGUACAAAGUUUAAUUGACGAGAUGAUCAAUGCCAUGGUUCGAAACGCGUUGGAUGACAUCAUUGAUCAGGCCAUAUGUGACGAAGCGCUUUCUCAGCGAAACGUCAGUGUCUGUAAUAUCGCGGAGACUCUUGACCAUCACUUAGAAAAGGGCAACGAUGUGUUAGAAGAGACACCGAAGGAAAAUGGUCGAUUGUCGCGAACAAUACAGGGUCAAGACUUAACGGAGCCUGAAGGCGAAAUUUCGCUAUCGGAAGGUGAAUCAAUAUACACCGAAAGCUUAUUGCAUGAUGACGUGCGCCAGAGUACAAAUGAUGAUCCUGCAAAGGUCAAACUGGCAGAAAUAGGAGUCCAACACUCAAGUGGACUUGAUUUACUCGCUGAGGUCGCUUUGGCGGAUGCUGAAAUUAACGCGUCACAGACCUGUAGAUUUAUUAAUCACGAAGAACCACACAUUUCGAACUCGCGGGUCUUCGAAGAAUUCGACAUGGAUGAUGAAUAUGAAGUGUUGAAAUACUUUGCUUACACCGAAAAUCUGGAUCAAAAAUCAUUCAAUGAAUAUAAUUAUGCGGAAAAAGAAACGGUAGCUAUUGAAGAUUCUUCAAGUGAUUUUCUGUCCAAUCCGUAUCUCGGGGUUGCUGCGAAUCAAUCUUUACGAUUUGAUUUGUUUCCCAAAGAGGCUGAAUUCAAUAAUACUGAAUUAUUAAAUCAUGGGAUGGAUUCAAAUAAUGAUUUGGAUAACGCAAAUGAAUUAAACAUGACAAUCGAAUCAGGAGAAGCACUAGGAAAUAAUGUAACCUCUACACUUGAAGUGUCAUGCUCUGUGAAUGAUUCCAUGAGACUAUAUGAUUCUGAAGAACGAAGACCACAUAUGGAUGAAGCUACUCCAGAAAAUGUAUCCCAGAACGAUCAAGAUAUCGACUUCACACCCGGUGAGGGGGAGAUACAGGAAUCCUCUAUCGUCAGUACAGAAAAUUGUAUGGUGGACUCAAAUUGCGCGGCGCAGAAAGAGAUAACAUUGUCCAACGACGAGAAUGCUCAGUGCCAUAUUCAACUCCCCAAUGACGAGGUUCCGUGUCAUAUUCUCUCAUCCAAUGACGAUAACGUUUCGUGCCCUGUUCACUCCUCCGAUGACGAUGGUGUUUCGUGUCAUGUUCAUCCCUCUAAUGACACGAACUUUCUACCCCAUACUCACUCCCCUGACGACAUGAAUAUUCCGCGCCAUGUUCGCUUCCCUAACGGCGAGAAUGUUCCACACCAUACUCACACCCCUAACGAUAAGAAUAUCUCACGCAAUGUUCACUCGUCUAACGACGAAAACGUCUUAUUCCACAUUCGCUCCCCUAACGACGAGAAUGUUCAGUGUCAUGUUGACUCCUCUAACGAUGAGAAUAAAUUGGAUGAAUCACCCAAGCAAGAUUUCGUCAAGAGUGAAAAUAGAGGUCCAACUUCCAAGAUACCUCAGGGACGAGUAAUUGUCACGCGUAGCAUCGCGUCGUCGUCAAAGGAUGCGACCAGUCACAUGAGUCUCGAAGAAAAAAAACGAUUAUUGAAAGAAGUGCGUCAUAAGAAAAUGAUGAUAAAAAGUAACUUUCAGAAGAGUGACCUCGGGAAAAUAACGAGAGAAAACACAGAACGAAACAAGGAAUACAGGUGUGAACUCGAUGUUGUGGUGGUGCGUAAAGAUGGUCCCAAACCACUCAGUCCAACAUCAAAGAUGCAAGAAAAAAUGAGAAGCGGAGGGAGGUCCUUAUCAUCGCAUUUAAUUGCCAAUUGUAAGGACAAGCCGAAGACCUCUUACAUUCCGGUGUUAAAAUCACGUGGCAUGCAAAAAGAAAACGAAAAGGAGGUUGCAGGGAAAUACGUGCGUUGGGAUGAAGAUCUAUUACAAGUUUCCUCUCCGCAAGUAAAGUCCUCCCCCUCUGUGGCAAGACAAAAGCCCACGCCAAAAUCUUGUUUAAAGCCCACGAAUCCGGUCACGGAUUCUCUCGGUAAUAUUCUUAAUGCUAACGAAAGUUUAACCCCUACG